CUAUGUUAUAAGCAGAGGGAGAGAAACAAGCUCAAAGAAGAGGAAGCCAACAGCAGUGCAACAGUGUUACUGUCAUUCCACCAUCAAGGAUUGGACAGCGAAAUCAUGAUGAAGCUGUUUUGUCUGUUUCUGCUGCUUGCUGAUUUCACCACUGCCGUCCCUUUGGAAACCUCAGGUAGAGAAGAGCAAACCAACUUGCAACCCACGCAGCAUCCCCACGCCUUGACCACAGAACCAAGCCCAACUGAGGCCAAGUCACGCUUUGCCAUGCUGGAUGAUGUUAGACUACUUGCAAACGGCCUUCUUCAGCUGGGCCAGAGUUUGCGGGAAUUCGUCCACAAGACCAAGGCCCAGAUCAACGACAUUUUCCAAAAGCUGAACAUUUUUGACCGCUCUUUCUACCAGCUCUCUGUUGUAACGUCAGAGAUCAAGGAGGAAGAGGAGGAGCUGAAGAAGACCACCAACUUCUUGAAGGCCAACAAUGAGGAGAUCAGGAACUUGUCGCUGGAGAUCAACUCUAAGAUCAAUGGCAUCAUGCACGAGCGCACGCAGCUGCAGAGUAAGGUGGGGAGCCUGGAGGAGAGGCUGAAGGGACUGUCACAGAGCAUGGUCCCUGCCGACCAGCUUAGUGAAAUCACAUCACUCAAGGAUGUGAUUGACGCACAAGAGAGAACGAUCACCAAUCUGCUGGAAGCUGUGAAAGAGCAGCACGAUCAACUUGACCACCAGAAAGUCAAGAUUAAAAACCUGGAGGAAAAGCUAAGCUUUGACAGUUUUCAAGAUACAGUCGAUAAGCCAGUGGAUUCAGAUCCCGCAGCUCCGAAUAUGUUUGAAUAUCUGACAGAAAACUCAACUGGCCUGGAGACAAACGAUCUCCCUGUGGACUGCAGUGAGCUGUAUAACAAAGGAGAGGCAAGCAGUGGAGUCUAUGUUAUCAAGCCAAACCUAUCAGAGCCAUUCAAUGUGUAUUGCGAAAUGGGUUCAGAUGGUGGCUCAACUGUCAUCCAGCACAGGAUCGAUGGUUCAGUGGAUUUUGACCAGACAUGGGAGAAAUAUGAGGGAGGCUUUGGAGAUCUAGAAAAGGACUUCUGGCUGGGCUUGAAGAAGAUCCACAGUCUUGCACAGCAGGGAGUUUACGUCCUACGUAUUGAUUUGGAGGAUUGGAAGGAGGAGAAGCACUGGGCUGAGUACCGGUUCUCAUUGGAUGGUGCCUCAAAGGACUACACCAUUCAUGUCAGCCAUUUCUCUGGUGACCUGCCUAACGCCAUGGCCAACAUGACCGGCAUGAGAUUCUCCACAAAAGACAGAAAUAACAUUAACCACCGUAACUCCUUCUGCACUCGCAAUUACACAGGUGGCUGGUGGUUCAAUGACUGCGGAGAGACCAACCUUAAUGGAAGGUAUUUGUGGCUGAGGGCAAAGGGACGCUCAGUACGGAGGAAGGGCAUUCACUGGAAGCCAGGCACAGGGCCCUCAUAUUCCCUCAAGAUGACCAAGAUCACUGUGCGACCAGACCAAACUCCAAAAACCUCCUGAACCACACAACUCACACCUUCUGCUCUCUACAACACGGCUGGCAUCUUUCAUAAACAUAUAUGUAACACGCAAAUGACAUGUUUCAUAGAAAGGGAAAGUGAAGUAAAUCAGGCAUCAUGCAUGUCUAUAAGACAAAAUUCUUAAUUUAUAUACAACAUUAAGCUGAUUGCUUCCCGAUACCAUUCUGACACAGACUGGUGCAGUCUGACUAACAGGCCAAAAAAUGUCAGAAAAUGCUGAACUGUCGCACUGUUGCAACAAAUGCCACAUGGGCCGUUAACCUAUUGGGUCUGAUCCAGCAAGGAGAGUAGAAUCGUCAUUUUGCAACAUCUGCAGUCACUUGCAAAAUGGACAUAUUGAUCCAUAAUCAGCAACCCGAUUUAGUGCCGGUUGCAAAAUGUAACAGUACAGCAGUGGGAGAAAAAUCUAUGGGAACGCAUUACAAUCUAAUUCUAAAACUGAGAUGACCUGGCCAUCUUUCGUUUUGUGAAAUAUUUAAAAGUGCAUUUUAUCUUUGUGAUGUGAAACUGUCUUGCAUGUUAUGAAGACGUACACACCAAUGCAUGCAAUUAUAUACUGAAUUUCAGGUUUCUAGGAAAGUACAGCAAAAGAAUUGUCCAUACAAAUGAAUGAGGACCUUGCUUUACCAAAUACAAAUAGUGGAGCCAAGCCUUUGGCAGCAUAUUACAAAACUUUUCCUUUUGUUUGUUCUAUGUUUUUUUUUUACUGUGUAAAGUAUUUAAACCAUGUCCAUGCUAUUAUAUGAUUUAUGCUGGUACUCAUUUCCAUGUAUUUCCUAUGUUAUUGAGUCAUAUUGACUCUUUCCAUGAUUUCAACUGUACUGUAAAUGUACCUCAUCCUAACAUAACGUAUGUAAUGUAACCCAGACAAGUAGCUAUGUGCUCUA